GCAGUAUUUCACAUGUUGAAUAAAAACAAGUUUUAUUACAAACAGAAAAAUUCUUUUCUAGACAUUUAAGAAGAAAAGUGAUGUACGCUUUUGAAAUCAAAGAAAUACCGGGUAGAGGACGCGCAAUGGUGUCCACAAAAUCGCUUAAUACGGACGACAUUAUAUUUGAAGAAGAACCGUUUGUGUCAUGUCAAUUCUCAUGGAAUGCGGCUUACGGUUACGCGGCCUGUGAUCACUGCAUGCGCCCGCUAGAAACAAUAACCGAGAAUAUAAGGCGUUUAGCUAAUCAGCCGGGUUUAGAAGUGCCUUUGACGGAAUACGAUCCUACAGCACAAUGGUUGAAGCAAUUUACCAGUUGUUCAAAGUGUAGAGUACGUUAUUGUUCAGAAGAAUGCCGCAUCGAGGCACUAAAACGAUAUCAUCGCAUUGCCUGUUUGGGUAGCUACAGGAACGAUAAUUCUCAUCCGAUUAAUAAACUAAAUGAAAUAUGGAAGAAAAUGCAUUAUCCUCCCGAGACGGGCACAAUACAGCUAUUAGUACGACUCCUGGCUAUGUAUCAGGAAAGCAAUAAUAAGAAGGAAUUUUUAGAAAAUUUACAAUCAUUUCAAUCGUUAGUUAUAAACAAAGAGCAACGUAUUUAUCACAAAAUGUUAGGAGAGAAUUUCGAACGACAAAUGGAACAAUUAUACGUAGCUUUUUGUGAAGCAUUUCAAGGGGAAGAGUUUAGCAUGGUGGACUUUACCACCCCGGAAGCAUUCAAGGCACUUAUGGGUCUAAUGGGCACAAAUAGUCAAGGCAUUGCUACGAGCGUUUUAGCCGAAUGGGUAAAAAAAGUUACGGAAUUGCCUUUACCGGAAACUGAUAAAAACAAAUUGGAUGAAUAUAUUGAUGACAUUUAUCACAAAGUUGGAGAAUUUGCUGGUGAAUUCUUAAACAAUGAAGGUUCUGGACUUUACUUGCUUCAAAGUAAAAUCAACCAUAGUUGUUUACCGAAUGCUCAGGUAACAUUUCCUUACUCUAAUGAUAUUGUUGUUUUGAAAGCCUUACAACCCAUACAAGUGGGAGAGGAAAUUUGUAUUUCAUAUCUCGAUGAAGGUCAAUUGGAAAGAAGCAGACAUUCUCGUCAAAAGAUCCUUAAAGAAAACUAUAUAUUUGUUUGCGAAUGCUUUAAAUGUCAGCGAGAAGCCAAUGACCCCGAUGAGACAAGCGAAGAAGAGUAUGACGAUGACGAAAUGGAUAUGGAUGCCGCUGAAGACAAUGGCAUGAAUAAUUAAGAA